AUGAGAUUCAUUCGAUCAACUUGCAGAACUCUCUACAAAACAACCAUACAAAAUACCACCUCACAAAUUCGAUUCCAUGUGACAACUCGACCGGCGCGUUUAAGAUUCGCACCAUCACCCACUGGUUUCUUACAUCUUGGAGGACUUCGAACGGCUCUCUUUAAUCAUCUUUUGGCUAGAAAAAUGGGUGCUCAAUGGAUCUUACGAAUCGAAGAUACAGAUCGGACAAGAUUCGUUGAAGGAGCACUGGAAAGCUUGAUCAAAACACUUCAUUGGGCUGGAUUAGACUAUGACGAAGGACCUGAUCGACCUGGCUCAUGUGGACCUUAUAUUCAAUCCGAAAGGAAACAUAUUUAUCAUGAACAUGCAAAAAAAUUAAUAGAGUCAGAUCAGGCAUACCCUUGUUUUUGUUCACCUAAUCGUCUUUCGGAGAUGCGAGACAGAUUUAGAACAUCCGGUUCUCACCUAGUCUACGAUCGGAAAUGUCUUAACUUAUCUCCAGAAGAAGUUAAAGAUCAAAUCAGUCAAGGGACAUCCCAUGUGAUCAGAUUCAAGGCUAUAGUGCAGAAUACGGAUGAAGCGAUCGAUUGUCAAGAUUCGGUUUAUGGUCAACUGAACUUUCCUAAUGAUACACAAGACGAUGUGAUCUUACUCAAAGCAGAUGGGAUGCCGACUUAUCAUUUCGCUAAUGUCGUGGAUGAUCAUCUGAUGCAUAUUUCACAUGUCUUACGUGGUGAAGAAUGGCUAUCUUCAACUCCAAAGCAUUUGUUACUAUACAAAGCGCUAGGAUUUCAGCCGCCUAACUUUGUGCAUCUUCCAUUGUUGGUCAAUGCCGAUGGAUCGAAACUUAGUAAGCGAUCGGGGGAUGUCCGGGUCGAGGAUUUCAUUGCUAAAGGCUAUGAACCAGAGGCUCUAUUGAAUUUUGUUGCUCUGAUGGGCAUGAACCAUUCCCGACAUGCAUCACUGUCUAAGACCAAAGAUGAAACCACUGACGUCAUGACGAUGGAUGAGAUGAUUUCCAUUUUUUCAGUCGAAUCAAUCAGUAAACACCGAUCUACGAUGUCACAAGCUAAACUUGAUUUUCUCAAUCAACAACAUCUUUCACGGCAAAUCAGUUCAUCAGAUCCGAAACAAAUCCAAGUCUUGGUCUCACGUGCUCGGAAACUAUUAUCUCCCAUUGCUGAUGACGAGCGACGAUUUCCAACCGCGUAUAUGCAGAAAGUCAUGUUUCUAAUGAGAGAUCGCUUACACAUUUUUUCAGAUCUCAAAUACCUUACGGAAUACUUCUUCUGUUUACCUGAUUUGACUUCAUCUGAAGCACAAGCGAUGAAGAGCACUAUCACUCCGGAACAUUAUCGUGAGCGAUCAUGUCAAAGAAGUGAUGCGAAAGCAAAGGCGAGCUAA